AUGAUUAGCGAGGAAAUUGGUGGAUUAAUCACCAAUGGUGAUAACACUAAUGAUGAUAACACUGAGAAAAUACGACCUGUGCACCGCAAGAUACCGGUUGUUGGCAAGAAGGUUGAUUCGUUGACUACGUAUCAUACGAAAUUAUUGGAUUUGAAUCAGAGUAUAAAUGAUUUGCAAAAAAAUCCAGUAACUUUCAAAAAAUUGAAUUCGGCAUUUAUACAAUUCAACAAUUAUAUCGGCGCUCAAUUGGCUGCUACUUCAAUACGGCCUAAAAAUUUGAAUGAUAUUGCAGCAAAAGAUGUUAUUUGGGAUAAUUUGAAUUAUACCAAGAAACAACUAAUGAUCAAAAAAAUUGUUAGCAUCUUAGCUGCAUCUGCCUUAGCAUUACUUUGGUUUUUACCUGUUACAUUUUUGGCAUUGAUAAGUAAAUACGAAAAUCUUACAAAAAUUCUUCCAUUUUUAAAGUCUGGAGUAUUACCACAAUCAAUUACUGGACCAAUUCAGGGUAUUAUACCGCCUGUAGGCUUAGCAAUAUUAAUGACAAUUUUGCCUGUAAUUCUAAGAAUCUUAUCAAAAUUUGAGGGAAUAGUGACACAUUCCAGAGUGGAAAUAAGUGUACAACGAAAAUAUUUUUUCUUUUUAGUAGUGAAUGUAUUGCUGGUGACAGCAUUGGCAAAUGGGGUAUUAUCAGCGUUACCCCUCAUUUUAAAUGUAGGGGAUACGGUCAACGUUUUGGCCGCAAAGUUACCAGCAGUUUCCACUUUCUUCCUAACCUAUGUAUUUUUGUCAUUAUCGGGUUCAGCAAUGGAAUUAUUACAAAUUGUUCCAUUGAUAGUCUAUUUGAUAUCUAAAAGAUUUCUGGCAAAAACUCCAAGAAACAUUUAUCAUUUGGAAAAAGAUAUGAAGUAUGUCGAAUGGGGUACUAGGUUUCCUACACAUGUUUUAAUGGCUUCGAUAGGAAUUGUAUAUUCGACAAUUCAACCAUUGAUACUUCCGUUGGUUUUUCUACAUUUCACAUUCUAUCAUUUCGCUUACAAAUACAACUUUUUAUAUGUUUACAAACAACCAAACAAGUCAGGCGGAUUAUUAUUUCCACCAAGUAUUUAUCAAGUAUUCGUCGGCCUUUACAUUUCUCAAUUGACGAUGAUAGGACUAAUGUCAUUGACAACAGCCUUUUACCCUGUUAUUCUUAUGAUUAUUCUAUUCAUCAUUACCAUUGCUGCAUUAUUUUGGAUGAAACAAAUAUUUAAUGUUAAUCCAAGAGCUGAAUUUUUGCCGGCUGAUUUUAAGGGAACCGUUGAUGUAAACACAGGAAAAUUAAUAAUCAACCAAACCGUUAAUGAAAGUGGAAGUGGAUUUGGAGGAACGCAUGCGCCGAUUGGGACAAAAGAACUAUCAACAGAUAAUGGUGAGGACGAUGAAGAUGAUUAUUGUAAUCAAGAUUUUGAUGGUUUGGAUGUUGUUAAUUUGGAUGUUGGUGGCAAAAUAUCAACGAUUUAUCUGCAUCCGGCUAUAAAAUCAAUACAACCUGCUAUAUGGUUACCGAAAGAUGAUAAUGGCACAUCAGAUAAAGAGGUUUCUGAUUGUUUGAAUGAUGGAAUUGACGCGACGAAUCAAGGAGCAAGUAUAAACGAUAAACACAAAGUUGUCGUAAAUGACUUCAGCCGAAUACCUAGAGGAUCACAAGUUGACACCGAUGGUUCUGUUGCCAAUAAUAUUGCAUUAGUUUUAUAA